AUGUUUCUUUCUUUCUCUUUUCCUCAUUUCUUUCUUUUUUUCUUUCUUUCUUUUUUUCUUUCUUUCUUUACUUCUGAAGCAAUCACUGGCUUCGCCUUAUAUUAUCUUUUACUGUUUUCUUUUAUCACAUGUCCCAUCUUUCUUAUUUCUUUCUUUCUUUCUUUCCUUCUUUCUUUCUUUCUUUCUUUCUUUCUUUCUUUCUUUCUUUCUUUCUUCUCGUCUCCUUUCACUCCCUCUAUCUUUUGUCUCUCUUUUACUUCCGCCAUUUUCUUUUUAUACUUUUCUUUUAUUUUUUUCUUUUAUAGAAUCUCCUAUCCUUCUUUCUUUCUUUUUUAUUUAUUCCUUUCUUUCUUUUCCUCUUUCUUUCUUUCUGUCUUUCUUUCUUCUUUUGAUCUCAUUUCUAUUUUUUGUCUCUCUUUUUCUUCUGUCAUUUUCUUUUUAUACAUUUCUUUUAUUGUUUUCUUUUAUAGCAUCUCCUAUGCCUCUUUCUUUAUUUCUUUCUUUCUUUCUUUUUCUGAUAUCAUCUCCUUUCUCUUCUCCAUCUUUUGCCUCCCUUUUACUUCUGCUAUUUUCAUUUACUUCUUUCUUUUAUCGCAUCUCCUGUGCCUCUUUCUUUCUUUCGCUUUUUUUUUUCUUCACAUCUCCUUUCACAUCCCCAUGUCUUCUGUCUCUCUUUUAAUUCUGCCAUUUUUUUUUUAUACUUUUCUUUUACCGUUUUCUUUUAUGACAUCUCUCGUGAUUCCUUCUUUCUUCUAUAAAUCUAUUUAUGUAUGCACACUAUCCGAAUUAUAUCAGUGA